AUGGCAUCUUAUAGCUGCUGUUUGGCCCUCUUGGCUCUUGCCUGUCACUCCUCUGCCUACGGGCCCGACCAGCGAGCCCAAAAGAAGGGGGACAUUAUUCUUGGGGGUCUCUUUCCUAUCCAUUUUGGAGUAGCAGCCAAAGAUCAAGAUCUGAAGUCAAGGCCAGAGUCCGUGGAGUGCAUCAGGUACAACUUCCGUGGAUUUCGAUGGUUACAAGCCAUGAUAUUUGCCAUCGAGGAGAUAAACAGCAGCCCCAGCCUUCUUCCCAACAUGACGCUGGGAUACAGGAUAUUCGACACCUGUAACACUGUCUCCAAGGCCUUGGAGGCCACCUUGAGUUUUGUUGCCCAGAACAAAAUCGAUUCCUUGAACCUGGAUGAGUUCUGCAACUGCUCAGAGCACAUCCCUUCCACUAUCGCAGUGGUGGGAGCGACCGGCUCGGGCGUCUCCACGGCCGUGGCCAACCUGCUUGGGCUCUUCUACAUCCCACAGGUGAGUUAUGCCUCCUCCAGCAGGCUUCUUAGCAAUAAGAAUCAAUACAAAUCCUUCCUCCGCACCAUCCCCAAUGAUGAGCACCAGGCUACCGCCAUGGCCGACAUCAUCGAGUACUUCCGCUGGAACUGGGUGGGCACCAUCGCAGCCGAUGACGACUACGGCCGGCCAGGCAUUGAGAAGUUCCGGGAGGAAGCCGAGGAGAGGGACAUCUGCAUCGACUUCAGCGAGCUUAUCUCCCAGUACUCGGAUAAGAAGGAGAUUCAGCAGGUGGUGGAAGUGAUCCAGAACUCCACAGCCAAGGUCAUCGUCGUUUUCUCCAGCGGCCCAGACCUAGAGCCCCUCAUCAAGGAGAUUGUGCGGCGCAACAUCACAGGCAGGAUCUGGCUGGCCAGCGAGGCCUGGGCCAGCUCCUCCUUGAUUGCUAUGCCUGAAUACUUCCACGUGGUUGGGGGCACCAUUGGGUUCGGUCUGAAGGCUGGGCAGAUCCCAGGCUUCCGAGAAUUCCUGCAGAAAGUCCAUCCCCGGAAGUCGGUCCACAAUGGGUUUGCCAAAGAGUUUUGGGAAGAGACUUUCAAUUGCCACCUGCAAGAAGGCGCCAAAGGGCCUUUGCCUGUGGACACCUUCCUAAGAAGUCACGAGGAAGGUGGCAGCAGGUUAAGCAAUAGCUCCACUGCCUUCCGACCCCUCUGCACAGGGGAUGAGAACAUCAGCAGCGUGGAGACACCUUACAUGGAUUAUGAACAUUUACGGAUCUCCUACAACGUGUACUUAGCUGUCUACUCCAUUGCCCAUGCCCUGCAAGACAUAUACACCUGCUUACCCGGACGAGGGCUGUUCACCAAUGGGUCCUGUGCAGACAUCAAGAAGGUUGAGGCCUGGCAGGUCCUGAAGCACCUGCGGCACCUAAACUUUACCAACAACAUGGGGGAGCAGGUGACAUUCGAUGAGUGUGGUGACCUGGUGGGGAACUAUUCCAUCAUCAACUGGCACCUCUCCCCAGAGGACGGCUCCAUCGUGUUCAAGGAAGUUGGGCAUUACAACGCGUACGCCAAGAAGGGAGAGAGACUCUUCAUCAAUGAGAAGAAGAUCUUGUGGAGUGGCUUCUCCAGGGAGCUGCAAACCUCUCCCUUCUGUGCUCUCUGUCUACAGGUACCCUUCUCCAACUGCAGCCGGGACUGUCUGGCAGGGACCAGGAAGGGGAUCAUUGAGGGGGAGCCCACCUGCUGCUUUGAGUGUGUGGAGUGUCCUGAUGGGGAGUACAGCGAUGAGACAGAUGCUAGCGCCUGUGACAAGUGCCCGGAUGACUUCUGGUCCAAUGAGAACCACACUUCCUGCAUUGCCAAGGAGAUUGAGUUUCUGGCGUGGACCGAGCCCUUCGGAAUCGCUCUCACUCUUUUUGCAGUGCUGGGCAUCUUCCUGACCGCCUUUGUGCUGGGCGUCUUCAUCAAGUUCCGAAACACGCCCAUCGUCAAGGCCACCAACCGCGAGCUGUCCUACCUCUUGCUCUUCUCGCUGCUCUGCUGCUUCUCCAGCUCCCUGUUCUUCAUCGGGGAGCCCCAGGACUGGACGUGCCGCCUGCGCCAGCCCGCCUUCGGCAUCAGCUUCGUGCUCUGUAUCUCGUGCAUCUUGGUGAAGACCAACCGCGUCCUCCUGGUCUUUGAGGCCAAGAUACCCACCAGCUUUCACCGGAAGUGGUGGGGGCUCAACCUGCAGUUCCUGCUAGUUUUCCUCUGCACCUUCAUGCAGAUCGUCAUCUGCGUGAUCUGGCUCUACACGGCGCCCCCCUCCAGCUACCGCAACCACGAGCUGGAGGACGAAAUCAUCUUCAUCACGUGCCACGAGGGCUCACUCAUGGCGCUCGGCUCCCUCAUCGGCUACACCUGCCUGCUGGCUGCCAUCUGCUUUUUCUUCGCCUUCAAGUCCCGGAAGCUGCCAGAGAAUUUCAACGAAGCCAAGUUCAUUACCUUCAGCAUGCUCAUCUUCUUCAUUGUCUGGAUCUCCUUCAUUCCCGCCUACGCCAGCACCUACGGCAAGUUUGUCUCCGCUGUGGAGGUGAUCGCCAUCCUGGCAGCCAGCUUUGGCUUGCUGGCCUGCAUUUUCUUCAACAAGGUCUACAUCAUCCUCUUCAAACCUUCCCGGAACACCAUCGAGGAGGUGCGUUGCAGCACCGCGGCGCAUGCUUUCAAAGUGGCAGCCCGUGCCACGCUACGUCGCAGCAACGUCUCCCGGAAGCGGUCCAGCAGCCUAGGAGGCUCCACCGGUUCCAUUCCCUCCUCCAUCAGUAGCAAGAGCAACAGUGAAGACCCGUUCCCACAGCUGGAGAGGCAGAAGCAACCGCAGAGGUUGGCCCUGACCCAGCAAGAACAACAACAGCAGCAGCAGCAGCAGCCGCUGACUCUACAGAAACAGCAGCAGCCGCCACAGCAGCCCAGAUGCAAACAGAAGGUCAUCUUUGGCAGUGGCACAGUCACCUUCUCUCUGAGCUUUGACGAGCCUCAAAAGAGCGCUAUGGCCCACAGAAACUCCACGCGGCACAACUCCCUGGAGGCCCAGAAGAGCAACGACACCUUGAGCAGACACCAGGCUCUGCUCCCACUGCAGUGUGCAGACACGGACUCAGAAAUGACUAUGCAGGAAACGGGUCUGCAAGGGCCCAUGGUGGGGGACCACCAGCCAGAAAUGGAAAGUACAGAAGAAAUGUCCCCAGCCCUGGUCAUGUCUACAUCUCGGAGCUUUGUCAUUAGCGGUGGAGGUAGCUCCGUCACGGAAAACAUACUGCACUCCUAA